UGCGCGUGACCGUCACGUGAUUGUCACAUCGAGAGAAAGGAAAACAACAAAAAUGUCUGAAGACACAGAGAAAACUCCCCUGGUAAAAACUUACGAGGAGGAAGAUGAAGUUCUCACAGGAUGUGGAGCGACUUUGCCAUGUAACCCACGGAGACCAUUACAUCGAUACUUGGUCCUUAUCAUCAUGUGUUUUCUUAGUUUUGGCAGCUAUUUCUGCUAUGACAAUCCAGCAGCUCUCCAGGACAACAUGGUGCGGGACCUUGACAUCUCCGUGGGUCAGUUCAUGGGCUUCUAUUCGUGGUAUUCCUGGCCCAAUGUUAUCCUCUGCUUCUUUGGUGGCUUCCUCAUUGACAGUGUGUUCGGUGUCCGUGUUGGGGCUAUCAUAUUCAGCUUGUUUGUGACUGUGGGACAGGUUGUGUUUGCGAUGGGAUCAUUUUUGAACAAAUACUGGCUCAUGUGUGUUGGCCGAUUCAUAUUUGGCAUUGGUGGGGAAUCCCUGGCAGUUGCUCAGAACACGUACGCUGUAAAAUGGUUCCAGGGGAGGGAACUGAACAUGGUCUUUGGUCUUCAGCUCAGCUUCUCCAGAGUGGGCAGCACAGUAAACAUGAACGUGAUGCAGCCGAUAUACAACUUGGUACAGCACCAUUUCACUGGCUACAAGUGUCUUGGCAUUGUCCUCCUGGUUGGCGGGUUCAUGUGUAUCCUGUCAUUGAUUUGUGCUCUAGCUCUCGGCUAUUUUGACAAACGAGCAGACCGCAUCUUAAAAAGAGCUAAAGUGUCUUCAGAUGAGGUGAUUCGUGUGAGAGAUGUGAAGGAUUUUGGAUUCAAAUUUUGGCUGCUUUGUAUCAUCUGUGUAGCCUACUACGUGGCUGUCUUCCCAUUUAUAGGCCUUGGACUUGUGUUCUUUGAAAUGAAGUUUGGAAUGGAUCCCAAACUGGCUAAUAGUGUAAACAGUCUGGUGUACAUUAUAUCAGCAAUUGCAUCUCCACUGUUUGGUUUCCUCAUCGAUAAAUCAGGGAGGAACGUGUUCUGGGUGAUUCUGGGAACGUUCGUUACCAUGGCGUGCCACGGUCUACUAGCUUUCACAUUCGUCACACCUUUCGUUGGCAUGGCUGUAAUGGGACUGGCCUACUCUGUUUUGGCCAGUGCACUCUGGCCCAUGGCCUCCAUGGUGGUGAAACAGCACCAGUUGGGAACAGCAUACGGCAUAAUGCAGGCUAUUCAGAACCUUGGCCUGGCAACCAUAUCAAUAGCGGCAGGAAGCAUUGUAGACAGCAAGGGUUAUCUCAUUCUGGAGGUUUUCUUUCUGGCCUGUCUCAGUAUUGCGCUGAUAGCUGCCGUGGUGUUGUACCUGUUUGAUGCAGCGACGGGAGGGGUGUUGAACAAAUCGGCCAAACAGAGAAAGAAGGAGAGAGAGAUUGCUGAAGAGGAAGCGGAGAGGGAGAAAGCCAUAAACUGAGCCAUGGUGUGCCCCUCUGUGGUGCUAUCUCUACAUUCCAGUGCCAAAUUCUCAUUUUACCAGAAACAUUUUAAUUAAUGUACGACCAAUUAAAAUUAUGUGGCGUUUAAGAAACUAAGGGAAAAUCAAAAGUUUUCUUAUACAGCGCUUGCUGUGUUUAAAAAAAGUAUGCUUCUUUAUUACAUGUGCAUGUACAUUGUAGUAUGUAAUAUAAUGAUGUAUAUAUUGCAUUGUUAUUUAGAAAUAUGACAUUUAUGAUUAAGAAUCUUGGUUAUUUGCUGUGCAAUAGUCUGAAUGGUUAUAUGUUUUAAUGUUUAAUUUGAGACUGAGAGCUUUGCAUGAUGUUUUACAUGGUUUUGGAAAUGCUUCUUACUUUUUGUCAAAGAAAAGUCCUAUAUAACAUCAUGUUUUUGUGUGUAAAUAUAUUCAGAUGCAUUAUCUGGAAUAUUUUAUUGUUGAAAAUGUGAUAAAAAUAUUUUGAUUAAAAUUGAACAUUUUAAA